AUGCCAUCGUCGUCGUCGCUCCCCGACGAGUGCGCCAUUUCGGUCCUCGCCCGUCCCGCAUCCUCGAUCCCCGCGUCCGACACGCCCGACUAUGCCCGCUACCUCGCCGGCCACGUCGAGGCGGCCUUUCGCCUGAUCCGCCAGUCGCGCGCCUGGAAGCAGGGCAAGCAGUAUCACACCGCCGUCGGCGGGGCCGUCAACACCAGGAGCGCACCAAGCAACAUGCAGGGCAAAGCCGCCAAGCUCGGAUGGCACCUCCGCGAUAGCAUCCACAACGAGGCCGACACUGGACUCACCUUUGACGACUUCCGCGGCGGCCUGCUCGUCGACCACCAGCCAAAGGAGCGCGAGUACAUCCACGACGUCAUCGACGUCAAGCUCGUGCAGUCCAUCAAGGAAAAGCAGGCCGAGGUGUGGCGCAACAGCUACCAGAUGCCCGCCCUGGUCGGCAAUCGCGACUUUUUGCAGCUCCAGCUCAUGCUCGACCUGCCCCGCCACGCCGAGCCCUUCAGCGAGCAGCACCAGCAGCUCGCCGUCGACCGCCUCCUCGAUCCCGCCGCCCUCGCCGCGUCGCAGGCGGCUGACGCGGGCGAUGCGGGCGCGCGCUCGUUUAUCGUCAUCCAGCUGCCCGUCGAGCACCCCGAUGAGCCCGAGCGCAAGGGCGAGUUCGUCCGCGGUGCCUAUGGCAGCGUCGAGGUCGUCUGGGAGGUCGAAGGCGGCGUCGAGUGGCUCAUGAUGGUCCAGUCCGAUGCGGGCGGUAAGAUCCCCCUCGUCCUGCAAGAGAUGUCGAUGAACGGCAAGAUUGCAGAGGACGUGCCCAGCUUCGUCGGAUGGGCACAGAAGGCCAAGCCCGGCCAGCAGGCCUAG